CAGGAAUCCCUGCAAAGGCAGAUAUAAUUGACGGGUAUGAAAACCAAGCGUGUUAUAUUUAGUGAUGCUCUGGGACUCACCAACAGGCCACACCACAACCUCUUCGGGUAACCCAUUCAUUGAAAGAAGCUCAGUGAAGUGUUAUGAUACACAAGAACGCAAAAACAAGUUAGUUAUAGGAUUCUGCAACUUAGAAUGUAUAUGGCAUACGAGGAGUUAAAAGAGUGAGGACACAUUCUCUGACUUACAACCACAAACACAUAAUACAUAUAGAAAGGACAGAAUGCGACAUGCUACAAAGAAGAACUGGAGAAUCAUCCAAGAGCAACUCCAAAAAGCUCAACAGAGAAGUAUCCAGUCUAUCCAACAGUCUAACAUGAACAAGCUCUUGCUUUUCAUCUUCAUGUACACGUUUUAUCUCCAGUAUCAGACACUCUGCAGUGACACUGGCACUGCUAUUCGUCAGAAACGUGGUGUGCUGGAUCUAGUGGUGACCCUGUGGUGUUACAGAAACAGGCUUAAAGUUCCCCUGCUGGGCAUCAAUCUGUAUGGUUGUUACUGUGGUACAGGAGGGACCGGAGGAGCAGUCGAUAAUGUGGACAGAUGCUGUCUCCUACAUGACUGCUGUUAUCGCUAUUCCAGGAUCGACCUGCAGUGUCACAGUAAGAUAAAGUGGCAAUUCUAUCAGUUUUCAUGUGGCCCGGCACAGACACAAUGCCAUUCAUCAACAUUGUGUGGCAGGAUGGCAUGUGAGUGUGACAAGCUAUUUGCAGAGUGUCUGACCAAGGCCAAGCCUAAGAAGAAACAUUUCUUCUAUAACAGGAAGGACAUGUGUGUAGGCCCCCAUGACGCUUGCCCACAACUUCACCCAAAUAUAACAUCUGUAUUACAGUGGACACAAAACCAGACCACCUCAGAGCUUGGCAAUGGAAACUGGCUCGAUAAACCCAAGAGCAGGAAAAAGAGAUGGAGAAGAAGAAAUAUGGUGGCGAUGGAUAAAAAGAGAAAAACCAUUCAGAAGUCUCCAUUGUGGAUAUAAACGCUGGAGGAGCCUGUGCCUUUACUUAAUAUUGUGCAUAAAGCUUUAGAUAUCAAUGAGCAGGAAUCAAACUCAACAACUUGUUACUUUUUUUUUUUUGUGUGACACUUGAAAGAUGCCUUCACCCAAUUAUGAAAUGACAUAUAUAUGUGUGGAGGUGGGGGCUAAAAAUGUAAAG